UCUUGGUGGCAACAGCCAAACCUUGAUGAUAGCUUGUGUGAGUCCUGCUGACAGUAAUCUGGAAGAGACCAUUAACACAUUGCGCUAUGCUGAUAGGGCUAGACAGAUUAAAAACAAACCGAUUGUCAACCGAGAUCCAACUCAAGCAGAACUGAGUAGACUGCGUCAACAGGUACAACAAUUACAAGUACAGUUGUUAAAUAAAGGUGGGGUUGUUGGAGAUGGUGUAGGUUUAAGUGGUGAUUCAUCAGCUAACGUCAAAGUGCUUGUUGAAAAGAAUAAAGCAUUAGAGUCUGAGAAUAGGAAACUAAGCUCUGAAUUGCAAUCUUCAGUAGACCAAACAACCCACAUGUGUGAAAAGGCUAUCAUGGCUGAAAUGUCAAGAGACAAAUUAAAACAGAGAUUGGAUGAGAUCAAAGAGCAUGUAGCACCGAAUCUAGAAGUAUUGAAUUCAUUAGGAAAUGAGACUGAAAACGAAAACAUACUGGAGAAACUGAAAGCUGUGAAAGAGAUACAGAAAAUGAUAUUAGAACUUGAUGAGGAAGAGAGUGAAGUAUGUAAUGAUGAUUUAAUGCUGCCAGCUGAAGGCAUGGAAGAUGAUGAAAAUGCGACACCAUUGGAUAAGGAACUUUUGUUGCGUCGUGCAGAAAUGGGUCGCCAGUUACAAGAAUUGAAUAAUGCACUUGCCAUGAAACAAGAACUUGCUAGUGCUAUGGGUGAAAGUGAUGAAAAAAUGUCCAGCAUGAAAGUACAGUAUGAGGAAACUAUGAAACAACUUGAAAGUGAGAUUACAUCACUACAGCAAGAGAAAGAUGAACUUGCCAAGGCCUUGCAUGAAGUGAAAAAUAACACUGUUGUUAGCAAGAUAAGUGAACAGAGAAGGCGGAGACUACAGGAGCUAGAAGGUGAAAUGAGCAAACUGAAGAAGAAAUUAGCGGAGCACAGCAAACUGAUAAAAUUUAAAGAGCAGGGUGAUCAGAAAAUUAAGAAAUUAAAUUCUGAAAUUCAGGUGAUGAAGCAAACCAGGGUGAAGCUGAUGAAACAGAUGAAGCAGGAUACAACCAAAUUCCAACAAUUCAAGACACAAAAAGAUAGAGAAGUAAUGAAGCUGAAACAACAGGAUCGUAAACGUCAACACGAAGUCGUCAAACUUGAACGACAGAAUCAACUUCAACAGAAUAUGCUGAGACGAAAAGCUGAGGAGGCAUCGGCAGCAAACAAAAGACUAAAAGAGGCCUUACAUAAACGUAAGAUUGCUACUGAUAAAAAAGAGGAAUCCUUCGCCCAGAGUGACAUGAAAGGAACCGGACAGAGAGUCAGGAAUUGGCUCAGUAGAGAAUUAGAAGUACUUGUGUGUAUGGGAGAAUCACGGCGGCAUUUAGAGGAGUUACUCGCAGAUAGGAAGACAUUAUCACAACAACUCAGUGAAUUAGAACAAUCAACAGAUGAACCAGCAGCCAAGAAAAGGGCUUCUAUGAAUGACACGUUUGUGUGUGAUGAUAGUCUCUCAUCUUCUGAUUGUGGAGACGAAGAGAAGAAACAAAAAAUAUUUGCUUUGAAGCAUGAACUGCAACUAAGAAGUGCCCAGAUUGCUGAUUUACAAGAAAAACUUAUGGAUGCUGAUCAAGAGGAGAAGAGUAAGCAUCGAUGGUCUAAUAUACGCUCCAUAGUAGAAGCCAAAUGUGGAUUGAAGUGGCUUUUAAAUACUCUGGUGGAGUCAAAAGUACAAAACACUUUCACGGAGGCAGAGUUAACUGACAGUAAGGUCGCACAGAACGAGUGUCGAAAGGAAGUAGAAGAAAUGAAGGACGAUAUGGAGAAUAUAAGACUACAACACCAGCAAGAAAUAACAGAGCUUCAAAAAAUGAAUGAAGACAAGGUUUUGUAUUUGUUGAAAGAACUGAAUCAGGAUGCUAAUACUUUGCAAGAUACCGACGAUUCAGAAGUGAGAAGUUUGAAAGAAAGACUACAGUUCCAGGAGUCUCAGAUAGCUGAAUUAAAUGCUAUUCAUGAAAAAUUUCAACAAGUGUCUGCUGAAAAUGAACUUCUUAAAAAGCAAUUGGCAGUGGCCAAGUACCAAAAAGACAGGAAGCUAUCGUUUUUGCCAGAGUUAACUGACCAAUCUAGCGUAUCUGACAUGAAAACAGUAAAGAACCCCACUAAAAUAAAGAAAAAGAAGGCUGAGGUGCUUGAUGAUAUAUUUGAAUCAGAAGAUGAAUCUUGGGAGAGUGAUGAAGACGACAGCGAGUAUACUUACGAAAGUGAUUCCUCAUGGUGCGAGACUCCUAUCAAACCAAAACAAAGGAGAAGAACAAAGAUCAUAGAUCAGAAUAAGAAACAAUCACUUCUUAAAGUACCUACUGGAUGUUCUUGCAAAGGCAAUUGUCGAGGACGAUGUGGAUGCACAAAAUCGGGACGCGAAUGUGAUGACACAUGUCGAUGCGAUGACACAAAAUGUCUGAAUAAAGAUGGCAGGAGAAACUCUGGCGGUGAUAACAGUGAUAACGAUUUGUCUAUGCAGUCUAUGAGCCAGUCACAGUUGUCUUCCACCUCUUCUAUUUGUUUAAAUUCCACCUUUCUGGCAAGUCCAGACAAUCCCAAUGAAAACAAACCAGAAUCUCCCAGAAAAGCAUUAAAAGAUGUAAAUACAGGAUUAUCUGCCGAUCCAAAGAAUAUAAAGGAGUCUGGUGAUGGAGCAUUGAAAAAAGAAUCAUUCAAGAAACCUGGAAUAUUUGUGAAAAGACCAAAACCAGACGAUGAAAGUGCAAUUAAUUCCCAAGGAGUGAUUAGUAAGAAAAAGCGAAAACUGCUAAGUACAUCAAACAAAUCUUACUUCAAACCACCUCAGGUGUAAAAUUUACAGAUUUGCUAUACCUGUGUAUACACCAUUCAUGAUAUUGCAGAAUCAGUUCCUCUGAAGCACAGCAAUUUUGUAGAGAUUCAGAGUCGAAAUGAAGCCUCCCAAAAUCAAGCUGAGUCAGUUUGACUGCUGGGAAGAAAAAGAAGGGUCUUCAAGGAGAAAAAAAAUUGUGACUUGUGUAGGUGACUUGAAGCACAAACAAAAUUCUUGUGACCCUGAUUUUUUACACUUAUUUUGGUUACCAAAUUACAAAUGUUCUUCAAGAUCAUUAUAUCAAUGUAUAAUUUUAUGUUGUAUCAAUGACACACCAUGCAAAUCUGCCUAGAGUUCACACUACAAUGCAUUAUAUGCAAUACCAGUAUGUGAAAAUCUGUGGAUGACAAUGAGCAGCAAAUUUGUAAUAUGUAUAUUGUUGAUGAAUACAGCAGUGUAUCAUUGGUUCAUUAUAUAGUCUGUAGAGAAAAAGUUCCAAUUCUUUGGAUCAAAAACAUAUUAAUAUUUGAAGUGCCUUGCAUGUUUUUAUCCAGCUUGAUGUUAAUAUUAAAAAGGUUUACAGAACUACAUUGUGGAUGUAGACAAAUGCAGUGAACAGGUCAAAAUGAAAGGGUUCACUUGAUAAUACAUUCCUAUUUAUAUUCAAAUUUCUUUUAUACAACUAUAGCAUUUAUAUUGUGGCAAAACAAUUUGUGCACCUAUCCAGAUAUCAACAAGUUUGUAUAGUUAUUUAGUGUGAAGACUAGUCUGAAUUGUACACUUUUAUGUAGCUGGUUAUUGUUGCAGCUCUCAAGUUGUUUUCAACAGCAUAAGCUUUAUAAUGGCCAUUGUUGUUAGUAUCUUAGCAUCUUAGUAUUUGUCAGUGUUUAAUCUUCUGGCAGGAUGGACUAAAAUUUGAAUAUUAUAACAAAGUGUAUACAACAAGAAAUGUAAAUAAUAUGGUACUAACAAGUAUUUUAAAAGCAAAUUUUCUGCCCCCCUCCCUCUUGCGCAGGUGAUAUUUUUAUUUGAAUAAAUAAAUGUUCUUAUGAUUAAAACAUUGCUACAACAAACCUAAGUAGAACAAAAUGCUACAAGUCUCUGCCAAAAGCUAGUCAGUUUUGUAAAUGUAUUCUUAUCUUUUAGUUAGAUAUUUUCCCAUGUAAAUAAAGAAAAAUAAUACA